UUGUCCACUGACCAAUCAGCAUAACCACACUAAAACCCACCAGCACCAUCAUUUCUCAAAGUGGCAAUAUAACGUCCAGAUUCAUUUCUGUCACACCUCCUCUAUUUUUCUUUCUUUCUUCUUUUCUUUCCUUUUCUUUAUUUAAUGCGGCAAUGUAUGUAUGUAUGUAUGUAUGUAUGUAUGUAUUGAAGAAAGAACCAGUUGUUGGUCUUUUGCUGACCUCAGUAAUCUGCCUGUGUUGUUUUAGAGGUUAAAAGACGGACAUAACAUUAAUAUUAUUUUCCAAUAGCUACAAUCUACAUGGUGAAGAAGAAAUGAAAAGUGUAUGCCUGUACGUUUGAAUGCGUCGGUGAAUUUCAGUAAUCACCACUCCGUGAUUUAGGUAACAUAUUUAUAGCAUCUCCGGCCUCUAUCUACCAAAGGUUAAUGGAAAUGGAAAAUACUCCACCAUAUUUGAGCAAGACAACUGAGCUGGACUGGAAAAGCCAACUCCAAUCUCAUCACAGUCGGAGAAGGACAAGAUGCAUAAAUGAUAUUCUGAUAAAAGAAAAAUCAAGUCAGUUGGGUCUUAAUGAUUUCUCUUUUAACACUUUGUUUAAUAGUCCUGGGAUUCUUCUUAAGGGAAGUUACAGCUACACUAGUAGUGUCUUGUCAGACUUGUCACCAAGCCCAACAUCAUCAAGUGAUGAAAAUUUUCUAACGAUGAAUUUAAUGGAUACUGUUAAUAAAGUGUUCAAGAAACGUAGUCAAUCGGUACCUGCCUUACUACGUAUUGACAUAUACCAAGACCGUGCCAUGCGGCUGAUGAGGAAACGUCACGGCAAAAUAUUUGAAAAACGGAAAGUUCUUGAUGAUGAUACAUUUAAUUCCUUUGAUAAUUCACCAAAUGACAUGCAAGAAUUUUCCCUCAGUAGCCCACAGGAUUUUGCAUUUACCUUUGAUUAUAAUGAAAUCAACAAAUUAAACAAGGAGUUACUUUCUAUGGACAAUAAUAUUGAGGAAAGUUUGAGUGCUGAGAAAUUCCCUGAAAGUCCAGAGAGAGUUUUAUUUUUUACUGACUCUGAAAACAACAAUAUUUUCCAUAUAACACCCAGUAUGGUAAAGUCCUUUGAAAUCCAACGAGAAAUCCGUCAUAAAAGACGGAAAAACAAAGGAACACAUAGUUUUGAUGACACUUGUUUACAUAGAGAAUCUUGCUGAAUUUUGGGCAGCAUACAUUUGGCAUGAAAGAGAGUCAUUCCACAAACUUUGUAAUCUAAAUAAUGUUAUUAAAUCAGGAAGAUUCACACACACACAUGCACACACACACAUGCAUGCACACACAAAUCUAUUCACAUAAAAGAAACAUAUUUAAAGCAUGUGUACGUAUGUACAUAGCUACAUACAUAUAUACAAAGCCAUAGCUGACCUGACUUCACUGUGGGCCACCAUCUUGAUGUUAAAUACAAGGAGUGAUUGCAUUAUUAAAGAUAGAAUACAGUAUCGCAGAGGUAUAUUCCAAGGGGACAGCCUCUCUGUGAUGUUUAUGCUUUCUGGAAACUCCUUGUCAUUCAUGUUAAUGAAGUCUGAAGGAUAUCUCACUGGUUCACAAGGAAAAAGAAAUACCAAAAUUAUACACCGUUUCUUUGUAGAUGACUUGAAAAUAUAUGCAAAGAAUAUGUUAUAGGUACCAUGGGGUGGAUGAAAAGAUAUCUUACUAUGGCACCUGUAAAGAAUAUUACAGCUGAAUAAAGAAAAUGUGGACCUCAGAACUCUCUGCAUCCAAUAAAACUGUGGCCCACAAUUUGUUUGCAAUGCCAGUACUCAACCAAAUAUGUUAGUAGAAAUAUCAACCUGAUGCACAAAAGCGACAGACACACAGGAAAAGCAGCAAAAUGUGAUAACCGAUGCAUAACAGUUGUCUGAACUAUUGAGGAAUCUACAGCUACUCUCUCCAGAUUACAAGUUCAAGGUUAUUGGGGAACUGAGAUAUAUAAAACACCGCCUAAAUACCAGUCUUGAGAAAUUAGGCUUCUCAAGAGGAGAAAGCUGUUCUGAAGGCUGCAGAUCCAAUCCAUCACUGGAACUGUAAAAAUCUGUAAAACUUUCCAGAAGAUAAUCAUUCAAGUAUAUAUGAGCAUGUAACUAUAUGCACGAGAAUACAUACAUAAAACAAAACAUAUAAAUCUACACAUAUACAUACAUACACAAAUACCCUGUUGAUGUUGUUGAAAUUCCAACAAAGGAACCUUGGAUCUAGAUUAGAAACCAGCCCUUCCUCUAUUGGUAAGAAAUCUUGAAAUAAAACUGAAUAAUGACAUACAUACCAGGGCUGGAUUAAGACCUAUGGAGGCCCUAAGCACUUAAAAGAUUUUGGUGUCCCUAUAUAUAUGUAUUUCUAAGUAUAAACAAUAAUAAACCAUAAAAUAAUUUUUUUAUUUUUCAAAAUGAAACUAAAACUAACAAUAAAUGGAAAAUAAUGUCUAUUUUUCUAUACUUCCACUUUAUCUACAUUUAUAAAGUUUUCUCUUCCUUUUUUUAAUUGCAAAGUUUUUGAUUAGAUCUUUACUAUGACACCAUGGACAUGUAGCAAACUCAUAAGAUGCGAAGAGAGAACGUAAGUUCGUUUGCCCAAACAUGAGAAAUUAUUGAUUUCUCAUUGGUUAAAAAUUACUACCCAUAUACGAAUUAUCAACUUUGUUGAAGAAAUCUUUCACGGGGUUACGGUUCUAUGAUUCGUGUAUGAGUAGUUAUAAAAACCCUGAUUUUCGGCAAACUCUCCAGUGAUCGUUGGACAGCCACUCAAAUCCACGACACUCACUCUUUUGAGUAUCAGCUAAUAUAUAUAUGCCAUGUUCAAUACUCAAAUCUGACAAUAUUGAACUGUUGUGAAACCUUAUAGCUAGAAUGAAAAAUUAGUUAAUAUAAAAUUUAAGUCGUAAUUCUCUACGACGAAAUGACUUGUUUCUAAAUGUUAUAUAAAUGUCCAAAAAAAUGUAUAUAAUAAAUUAAUGUAGAAACUUAAUUCUGUUUACUUCUCGUUUCUUUCAACUUGUUCAAUUUAUUUCUGUAUAUUAACGAAACUAUUUUUUUAUGUGUAACGGUAAAAAAAAUAUCUAUAUCUUCAACAUACAUGUACGUAUGACCGCACGUUCAGCGUCUUGGUAUGUAUACAUCAUAACAUUUACGCAGCCUAAACUAAGAGUUAUGCUUAGUGAUAAAUACUUAUAAUUAAGUUAUAAGUAACGAGAUUAUCAUUAUAGCUUUUAAUUAAGAAACAAUAUUUGUUAUAACUUACGAAUGAAAACAUUGUAAAUAAAGAUAUAGUAUAUCACACACUUCAACGACCUGUGAUAACAACACAUAAAAAAACUGGUGACUUUCCGGCGUGAUUUCGUAGAAUAAACACCACAUCGUAAAUUGGUGAUUUAGCAAAAACUACAUAAAAUUUUAUAUAGAAUAUAAACAGUUUAUUUUACAAAUUUUAAUAACAGAAAUAUUUGACAUUAAAGGUUGAAAGGAAAAGAACGCUGAAGGAAGGAAACUAUAGAAAAAUUUUAACUGCACUUUCUAGCAAUAUAGAAAUAAUAUUUAGAGCUGUUCAAAGCUUAAUAACAUAACGUAAAAUUUUUUUUUUCUUUCUGAAAAAUUUAAAAUAUAUGAAUGGAGCAGAAUUUGAAGGAAUUCGAGAUGUCCUAUUUUGAUAGGAAUUAUACACAAGCUUCAGUAAUUGUAUUACCAUCUCCUCCUUGGACGGGAGACACAUUAAUCUGGUUGGCACAACUAGAGGCAAG